ACUCACCUAAUUUCUAUGUGUUUGUAACAGUAGAGGGUUGCAACUGUAGUUUGACCAUCAAGACUAUACAGCCACACAUUUUCUCAGAGUAGUUUGAUCGCAGUUCAUUGGGUCCAUCUCAGGGACCACCUGAUGAUGACCUCACACACAGUGGGAAGAAGAAAGUAUUGACCGGUCCUCUCGAGAGGAAUGUGCUAAGCCGUGCACAGAGGAGAGGUUCUUUGGAUUCUUGUGACCAACUAAAACAGACUGGGAGAUUUUUUUUUACUGCAAUUAUUGUCUUAUAUGCUUGGGAGGUCACGUUACCUCGCGUGAGUAUCACUCGGUAAACAUUUACUUAGUUAACGCCUCUGACUGCGUGCCCGAGAACAAGUGUGACUGUUAGCUGUACCUACGGGUGUAGAAAUUAUCACAUCUGCUAGGAACGAAUGUCUCCUAGUGUACAAAAGUGAAUUUAGCAUGGACUCGGUGCAGAACUCCCGUCAGAUCAUGUGGGCAAUGAACACUCGUUUGAAGGGCUUCCUGGAACAGAUGAACUGGCUGCAGGAGACCAACCAACAAUUGGAAGUUCAGAUAGCUGUCAAGGGCAUGAGAAACACAUUGUGCACUCAGGACUGGUCCAAGCAGGAAGAAGCCGUGAAAGAACUCCGUGCUCAGGUUGGCAAAUUACUGAUGGAGAAUGCCCAGUUGGCACUGCAGUCUGAAAGCAUGAAGUCCAGAGCUGCUGCCAUCCAGGCCAGGUGUGACACGGAAGAGCGUAACACCCUGGAUCUGGAGCAACAGGUGGCUGUGCUGAGGGAGUCAAAGAAGAAGACUGAUGAGAGCAACAUGAUUCUGCAGGCCGACAUUGAUCACUCCAUGACAGAGCUCCAGGAUAUACACCAAGAGUAUCAGGCAGCCAGAGCUCUGCAGUUGCAGCGAUCCCCCUCAUGUGAUGCUUCGUUAGCAGCCACUACGGAAGCAGGUAAACAGGAAGAGGAUGGUACAGGGAUGGAGCUCAGCAAACUCCUCGACCAAAUCAGAGCUCAGUGCAACCUGAACAGACCUCCUAACCAGAAUGAGAGGCAUCUUAGUCCGUGUACAAGCUCAUAUUGGCUUCACAGCUAUCGUGGGGCGAGCCAGUCUGAAGCUGAAGCUGCAGCUGCAUCAACAACAACAACAACCCUAACACAUUUUGGCGCUUACAACGAGCUGGAAGCAGCAUGGACACAGGUUAGCCUCGGCAGCAAUGCGCUGAGGGAUGCUUUGGCAGAUUUAGCUGAGGCCCGGAAGCAGUGGCACUCCCUUCAGGUGGAGAUUGAGACCCUGCAUGCAUUGGAGAAAGGCCUUGAGAACUCCCUACACAACACCCAGCAGCUGUAUUCCAGCCAGCUGCAAGAACUUUCCCAGGUGAUCACUGGACUGGAGGGUGAGCUGGAGCAAGUGAGGAAUGGACUGGCCACACAGCGUCAGCGACACAGCCAGAUGCUCAACACAAAGCUACGACUGGAGCGAGAAAUCUCCACUUACAGACGACUGCUGGAACAGGAGGAGGGCAGAUACAUGGCCCACAGUGAUCAGCAGAUGCCUCUGCAGCUCUGGAGAUCGUUUUUGCUGGAACCCAAUGAAAAAGGUUUGGAGAAUGGCUUCAGCGACCACACCAUCACUCCCGAUGAACCAAAAUCAGAGCCUCUACCUACAACAUCUUCACGACUACAAAUGGUCAAUAAGAUGAUGGAAAGCUCCGGACUCCAUCGGGGACAAAGUCUUGCGAUACUCACAGAACCAGAGCAAGAUAAACAUUUACCAAUUUCCACUGUGAAGACCCAGGAGAUUCUUCAGGGUAGCGUAGUGCAGGAGAGUGCAGAGGGCCAUGGCACUGUUGAGACUGAAAAGAUUGACAAGGUCAUUAAGCAGUGGGAGAGCUCGUUCUUCAAGGGCAAUCCAAAACUGCGUAAGAAGUAUGUGUCCUUGCGCUUCGACCUACACAUGGCUGCAGCAGACGAAGGCUGUGCCCAGACCAGACAAGACAGUCUCGCGGAUGUCGAGGUGCGGCUCAUCAUGAAAAGAUCUCGCAGUAGCGCAACUAUCACUCCAUAAAUUGUGGCUUCAGACAUGAGUGAAUUUUGGAGUUCCUACCUGACAUUGGUAUAUCUACAGUAUGCAUAUUGAUUUAACACUAAAGUUGGUGGAACACUAUUUUGGAUGAUAAAAUUCACUGGCACAGGAAAUGAUGGUUACAUGUCUUUGCACCUGGGCUUUUUUGGGGGGGAGUGGGGGGGCAAUCCAUCGAAAACUGAAAUUAAUUCGCUAAUAAUUUCACUGUAAAACAAUAAAUUAAAAUAGGUGCUGACAAAAUUAACUCAAUUAACAAACCUGAUAUGACCAAAUAAAAAGUCACAUAUUCUUUAUGAUGACGCAAAAAUUAACCUAACAAAAAAAACACCCACACACACAGAAGACCUCUCUGCCUUGUCUUCUAUUUUUUUGUAUGUGUGAAAUUGAUGUAAUUGAAGAAGAAGAAGAAAACCUUUAUUAGUCUCACAAUGGAGAAAUUCCAGAUUCACAGCAGCAAAGUUAUGAAAGGAAGAAGUAGAACAACAAAAAAAUAGGAGCUGCUGGAAAGGCAGCCACUCUCGCGGCGCCAUUUUGAAGUCAAAAUAAUAAAAAUAACAACACAACACAUAGGACAGAGACAGUCGUGCAAUCUUCACCACUUUUCUGCAUACACUUUGUUGUCUGAAGCAGUAAUAGAUGAAAGAGGAGAGGAUCAAAGUGUCCUUUCUCCAGUGGAUCAGAGACGUCAUGCUGAAAAUGUGCACACGUCUGCUACAAGCUAAGUUUUGAAAGCAAACACAAAGCUGUUUUUAAGUGCUCAUUUUAAUUUGUUUCAUUUGUUCAUUACACCACUGACAUUCUCUGAUGGAGAGAUCGUGUUAAAAACCUGCCGAUUUCAACUGGCAGUCAACUCCUUUCAUGAACUUUCGAUAUUGUGGUAAUUUUAGUCAAGGGGAACUCAUGAUAUUGUGUCAUUUCUUGUCAUUGUGCCCCUGACACACAUCUAAACCAAAUUUAAAUACUCAUUGUUGGGCUAUUGCUCCGACUCAAAGCAUAAAGUCGGACACUUCCUCACGCCCCAGGGAGUUGAGUCGUGGUCCGUGCUCAGUACCCCUUUUAACCAGACGGUAGCAGCAUUUGUACAUAGUUAACGAUGUGUAGUGCCACAACACAAUACCGUAGGUACUGGAUAAUGAUAUAUUUUGCCCAACUGUGGAAAUUCAGCAUAUGCUUACACCUUUUAAUGCAAUGAUUCGUAUUCACUUAUAUACUAUACUUAUAUUUACUUUGUAUUACCAUGCGGUCACAUGUAAAUGCUUUACCGCCUCAGGGCCACUACGCAUUUCAGUUUCGAUAAAUUCAUUUUCCUGUUUCAAGCAUUUAAAUUUGUUGUUGAUGCCGUUCUGCUUGACUAUACUUUGCCUUAAGAUGCACUACUUCUGUACCUUACACAUAUUUUGUUUUCGAAUUCCAAAUAAACAAAUAUGCUGAUGUUGAACCACAAA